CAAAGAGUGCUUGUGAGGCCAGAAAAUUGAGAGCCAUAAACGUAGAAAAUUUCCUCUGUUUUAAAAAGCUUGAAUUUUUCUCUUAAAUCUCCCCCCCCCUUUUUUUUUCUUUGAUCCCCGCUUCUCUGAAUCCCUUUCUGUCAUCGUCUGUCUUUCAACUGGAAAAAUUUUUGUGGGUUUUGAAUUUGAUCCAAGAAAAAGGAGACCCAUAAGGCAAAAACUGUUUUUGAAAGCCAGGUGAUUCAGAAUAGAGAUCCAAGUUCUUUUGAUUUUCAGUUCCUCUUUUCUUUUGUAAAAAUUUUAGCUUUUUAUCUGAUUGGCUAAGAGGGUUUGUUUUUGGUCCCUCAAGGUUAUCUUAUCUAGUGCCUGUUUUUUGAUUUUGGGUUAAGAAACAGGUUGUUUUGAUCUUCUCUUUCUGGUUAGAAAUGGCUGCAGCUAUAGAUAUGUAUAAUGGCAGCAGUAACUCAGGUUUCUCAGAUCCUUUAAGAGAAGAGUUGAUGAAGGCACUUGAACCUUUUAUGAAGAGUCCUUCAUCUACUUCCUCUAUGUCUUGCCCCUCUUCUUCAUCUUUCCCUUGUUCCUUUUCUCAAUUCUCCUCACCUUCACAACCCAGUUUGUACCCUGAAUUUUACUCUCCAUCAUAUCUCCAGUUUUCUCAUGGGUUCCCUAGCUUUAACACACAGAUGGGUCUUGAGAAAACAGGUUCAAUUGGGCUUAACCAGCUUACCUCUUCGCAAAUUCUCCAAAUCCAAGCUCAAAUCUACCUCCAGCAGCAGCAGCUAGCUUCAGUUUCCGCACCACCACUGCCCAGCCAAAGUGUCAACUUUCUUUGCCCAAAGCCUGUCCCCAUGAAACAUGUUUCCCCCUCUUCAAAGCCCACAAAGCUUUAUAGGGGAGUGAGACAGAGGCACUGGGGCAAAUGGGUAGCUGAAAUCAGACUCCCCAAGAACCGAACUCGCCUCUGGCUUGGCACGUUUGAUACAGCUGAAGAAGCGGCUUUGGCCUACGACCAGGCCGCCUUUAAGCUCAGAGGAGAGUUUGCCAGGCUCAAUUUCCCCCACCUCAAGCACCAAGGCGCUCACGUUUCUGGUGACUUUGGCGACUACAAGCCUCUCCACUCCACAGUUGAUGCAAAGCUUGAAGCUAUUUGCCAGAGCCUGCAAAAACAGGGGAACACAGGAAAGGCGGGUUCCUUCUCCGACACAAAGCCCCCGAAUGUUUCUCCUUCAGAGCCCAAGACAGAGUUUGAUUAUUCAGUGAAAAGCGAGGAACUUGAGUCUCCAAGACUGGAUGAUCCGAAGGGGGAGAACUCAUUUUCUUCAUCGGAUUUAUCCAAUGAAUCAUCGGCCAGUUCUUCUUCACCAGAAUCUGACAUCACUUUCUUGGAUUUCUCUGAUUCCCAGUGGGAGGAGACUGAGAAUUUUGGGUUGGAGAAAUACCCUUCUGUGGAGAUUGAUUGGGAAGCUAUAAGGAAGCUAUCCUAAUCAUGAAGCGCUCCUGUAUUCAUCAUCAUGUAAUGUUUCAUUUGUGUUCUUCAUGUAUGUCUUUAGUUAGUCUCUCCGGUAGCUUCUGCAAUUAAAUUUUUAACAUUUGCAGAGGUGCUGCUACAGAGUGUAGGGGUCAGUUUGUAGUUCGUAGGAAGAGAGGUCUGUCUCCUCCCUCUCCAAUCUUGGUCUUGCUAGUACUUUUUUUCCUGGCCUGACCAUUGGAGGGUUCCAUGUUAUGUUCAUUUGGUUGCAUCCUUGUAGUUGAGUGCAAAGUAAAUAGCAUUGUCUUUUCCCUUGAAUAUAUCCAUGUUCAUCAGUUCAUGUAUCUACUUGGUGUAAAUAAAUAAAUCAUGGUCAG